CAAGUACGGUCGUUUUUGGAUGUUCGUCGUGUGCAUAUAUAAUUUAUACGCUGUCGAAGAGAGAGAUAAUAUAUCUGUCUACUUAUUUAUUCUUAUCAAUAUUACGUCUUCAUAAUAUAACCAAUCACAUUGUACGAUCAUAUACCCUUACAAAGGCUAUCAUAUUUCUCUCUUGAUAGGACAUUCGAUCUUGAAACUAUUUAUAGACGCGAGUUGCGCGUCGCAGAGUCACAUUUAUUGUGCAACCACACUCACUUCAAGAUGUGCUCUCAAGAAAAUUCGUCCAAGAUCUGUGCUUUCGUAUCUCAAAGAACGGUCUUCGCAAAUAGCGUACGACCGGCCACGUUAGUUGUAAGUAAUGAAAAAAUACGGGAAAUAGUACAUGACACCGGUGAGGAUGUUGCACAAUAUUUAUCGAAGAAAUAUCUCGGAAUUCAAUUUCACGAUUACGGCUCGUUGGUGCUAAUGCCCGGAAUAAUAGACUCCCACGUACAUAUAAACGAACCCGGUAAAACCGAGUGGGAAGGAUUUAACACCGCUACACGAGCGGCCGCGGCCGGUGGUAUUACCACGGUCGUGGAUAUGCCUCUGAAUUCUCUUCCGUUUACUACCACCUUAGACAAUCUCAAAAUCAAGGCAACGGAAGCGUAUUCAAAAAUAUUUGUAGACGUUGCGUUCUGGGGCGGUGCAAUACCGGGAAAUCAGCACGAGUUACGAUCGUUAGUAGACGCAGGUGUAGUCGGUUUCAAGUGCUUCUUAUGCCCGAGCGGAGAUGGAUAUCCACACGUCUCUGUGAACGAUGUAGAGAAGAUUUUAAUGGAAUUACUCCCUACAAAAUCCGUACUAGCGUUUCACGCAGAAUACGAACAGAAUGAAAAAACGAAUCCAUUAAAUGGCGAUCCAAACUUGUACGACACUUUUUUGCAUUCUCGACCUGACCAAAUGGAAUUUGAUGCUGUAAAAUUAAUCUGCGAUUGGUGUACAAAAUAUAACUAUCGAUGUCACAUAGUGCAUUUGUCAAGUGCGGAGUGUUUGGCAUUAAUAAACGAUGCUAAGGCUCGUGGUGCACCUUUAACCGUGGAAACGUGCCAUCACUAUUUAAUACUUUCCGCGGAGGAGAUACCGGAAGGUUCUACUGAAUUCAAGUGUUGUCCGCCGAUCAGAAGAAAGAGUAAUCAAGAACAAUUGUGGCAAGCUAUUAAAAGCGGAACGGUGGAUAUGAUUGUUUCGGAUCAUUCUCCUUGCGUGCCGGAAUUGAAAACUCAUGGAAAUUUUUUGACUGCUUGGGGUGGAAUCUCUUCAUUACAAUUUGGAUUAUCGCUAACGUGGACAGCCGCGAGAACGAGAGAUAUAUCAUUUUCCGAAAUCUCAAAGUUAUUGAGCAGUCAGCCUGCGAGAAUGUGCGGUCUCGACGAUCGCAAAGGUAAUCUGUCGGAAGGAAUGGAUGCGGAUUUUGUUAUCUGGGAUCCGGAGGAAACAAUCAAGAUCGAGACAAAUAAUAUUUACCAUAAAAAUAAAUUAACACCGUAUCAAGGAAAAAUUUUAUUUGGAAAAGUGAUCGCAACUGUCCUUAGGGGACAAUUCAUUUUCAGAGAAGGAAAAAUUCUCGAUAAACCUGUGGGAAAUUUAUUGUUGAAUGCAAAUAUUUUGCAAGAGAUAGAAACUCAGUAAACUUUAUUUCACUUUAUAGCUCGCGAGUCUUUAUCGCUUUCUUAUUUCUGUUUUAACAUGAAUUUUUGCACAAUAAAGAAAAGAGAGAGAUAUCUAACAAAUCACGGAGACAAAAUUUUCAUGUAUAAAUAAAUUCACAUGAAUUUACUUUAUAUCGUUAAUAUAAUCGCAGUUUGUGUCUUUUGAAGACUCUUCCUAAACGCAGAAGAUUAAUAUUUAUAUAGAAACACUGUUGCUCGUCCAGUAUUAGGAAUAUCUGAUGUCGAUAUUGUGAAACAGUUUCAAAAUUCGAGAGAGAAACAUAUUCAUAAAAGUGAAACUCUUCAGCGCCGAUAUGGGCAACAGCAAAUCUUGUCUGUGCUGUAUAUUGGUCAAUGGGGCACCAAUAUUCACAACAAGUCGCAUGACGUUCCUCGAGAACGUAUAAAGUGAAAUGGUUCAAUUUGUAACGCCGAUAUUUUACCGUUAUUGUUCUUCGACGUUUAUUUUUCGACGCUUAAUUUGCACUCUGUAUAUAGUAUUCGAAAAAUUGCGAUAUAUUUAAGUAAUCUCUACGACAUGAGACAAUAAUUUCGCAAAUUUUUAAGGUAUAAGUAAAAUAUAUUAAAAGUAAGAAAAAACAUUCUAAUACCGCUGUUGAAUAUGAUUUAAUGUGACAUAAAUCAAAAUGUUUUCUCCGUAA